UUCUUACCGUAUCUUUAUACUCUAUAUUUAUUAUUAAAAAGUACAGACUGUUGUUAAAAUAUAUUUGCAAUCAAGGUUUCGCUUUCCUUAGAUUUGGGAAGCAAUUCCUUCUUCGCUUGGCAGUUUCGCAUUUUAACACAUCCACCUACUGCUGAAGCUACUCUAUCAAAAGAUACUUGGUGGCUUGAUUUAUAUCCUUACCGACUUAGUCCUCUAACGAACUGGCUUUGUCGUUGAUUUGCAUCCUUAAGCUUGUUUUACCCAUUUCAUUCAUUUCUUGUCUCUAUUCCGUUUCCUUAUUUAUUUAUACACUUAGAAAUGCCGACACGUUCUUUUCAUAAUCCGUCAGAAGUUGAUCCCAAAGACUAUUCUUGGAAUACUCAGUUAUUCGAAGACCGUUCUACUACUCCUUCUACAGUGUCAUUAUCAGAGCCGUAUGAUUUAAGCAAUAUUCAAUUACAUUCAGAAAAUGAAUCUCGAGAAGAUGUUGUUUCACUUGGUCAUGAAUCUGAUAACUCCUUGCAGUAUAUGUGUUACCGAACUGUAUAUCAUCACAAAAUCAAAGUUUUCGAUAGACUAUACGUGGAAGCUACUGAAAUUAGAAAAAAGUAUCCUAUGGAAAAUCGGCUUGUUGCUAAACCUCCUGUUGUUAAGGAAAUACAAGAUUCAUCAAAAAGAGGAGUCUAUCUAGCUGACACUCCCUUGACAAAGGAUGUUACAGUUUUGGAUGAAGAUAUGUAUGUUGUUAUUUUGGGAAGAAUUGAUUACUACAUUGAGAAAAUUGUCGAAGUGCCAACCAAUGUGGAACACUUGGUAGCCCUUAAUUUACAACUACAAAUGCAACCUAUUUGGUGGAUUGACGAAUUUUCCGAAAGAAACGGUGUCGAAAGCUUGUUAACUUCUUUACGGAAUCUAGGCCAUAUUCCACAGCGUCAUGCCUAUACCGACGUAGAGGUACUGCUGAUCCAGUCCCUUUUCCAUUCAUUAAAUAGCGGUGUUGCCAGAAAUCGUUUGUACUUGUCUGCUAAAUGCGCUGUUCCUGGCUUUAAUGCUAUCGGUGCCUUAGCUGAAUCAAUGUUCUCCAAGAGUCUUAAUGCUCGUCGUAUCUCAACGUUUAUCUUGAAAAUUAUUUGCAGUCGAAAGUUUGAACAUGGCCAUUUGUUUGUUAUCAAAGCCUUGGAAUGGCUUGUUGAGCAAGGUGCCUCGAAAACUCGGUUUAGCAAAUGGAUGUCCGCUUUACACGAUGUUGUUUCUGGUAUUCAAAGUCAUGCUGAUAACCUCAUAUUGCCGAAUAACGAACUUGCCAACCUACAAGACACAGACUGCUUGAUUGAUUAUUUGGUAGUUACCUUUAACUUGAUACGUGGAAUUUGUUCGUGUACUGUGGAUCUUCAAUCGAGAUGCAAUAUUCGUCGCGAAUUCUUGAACGCUGGUCUAGGUAAGACAUUAGAAAUUAUGCAGCGUUGGAAAAACAUUUCCGUUCGGACCGUUGUUGUCAAUCUUCUAAAUGAACACAACGGUGAUGCACAAACUUAUAAAAAGUAUAUGGUUUUAAAUUCUGCGAAUAUGGAGAAAUCAGACGUCGCUUCUUUAAAGUCCACGAAUGUCGCUACUGACCGUCAUAUGAAUGAGGAAGAUCCUCAGCAAGUGCAAAUGCUAAACGCGUUUCAGAAAAUUUGCUCUCGUUUAAUAGAUCAUGAUUCUCAAAGUAGUUUUUAUAAUUUGCUCCAGUCCUUGAGCAAUGAAAAAGAUCUCGAAAAAAUUGAAAAGUCGAUGCAUCUUUUGGUGUUUACUUUGAAUGCAAUUGAUGAUUAUAAAUCUGCUAGAGUGGACUCUAAUGUUGGUUUCAAUAUCGUUUCACAACGGUUGCUCGAUCGUAUGGGCACGGCUGACGAAUUAUCCGAUUAUAAGACCAGGCAAAGUGAGUUAGUAUUGGAGAAUAAACGUUUGCAUGAUCAAGUGGAUGCAUUAUUAUCACAGCUUAACGUUGGUCCCCGUGAUCCUAUGCAGUUCUUGAAGAAUCAGCUGAACGAACUUCGAAGAGAAAUAGAUCAAAGAGAGAGGCUCUUGACAUCUAUGCAACGAGAAUUUGAUGGUCGCUAUAAGGCUCAGUUAUUUGCCUAUAGUAAACUACAGUCUCAGUUAGAAGCCGCCCAAAGUCCUGGAAAUUUCAAUUUACAGAAUGCGUAUUCUCCCGGAAAACCAUUUAUCAAGAAAUCUGCUUCUCAAGAUUCAUUAGAUGCGAUGUCGAAAGAUUUCGCUUAUAGUGUUGUUCCACCAUUGGAAGAUUCUAAGCACUAUGUUACUGCUGAAAAGGAUGAACAAGAAUCGGAAGUUGAAUCAGAGGUAUCUUCUUUGGAAGAAUCAAAUGAAAGCGUUUCUCAUUUAAAAGAUACUUCAACUAAGACGCCUGUUAUAACACCCCCAACACAGCUUGGUCCUCCUCCUCCACCCCCUCCUCCGGUCCCUAUUAUGGGAGUUUCAAAAGUAGCUGUACCAUCAGCUGUAAACGUACCACCACCGCCUCCUCCUCCUCUUCCUCCUUCUGCGUCUGGUGGCUUACAAGGCCCUCCACCACCACCGCCUCCUCCUCCGGGUGUAACGCCCGGUGGAAGAUUUGUGACUUCAACCUUGCAGCCUACUUUGACCGCUACUGAACAAAUUACUGAGAAAUCCGAAGAAGAAUUAAAAGAAGAAGAAGAAAGGGCUAGACAACAAAGAGAGGAAGCAGAAAAAAGAGCGAGAGAAGCAGUCGAGAAAUAUACGAAGAUACCAAGCUUCAGAGAUUAUUACGAACCCAAACAUCAGCUUAAGCGCGUCCAUUGGGAACGUGUUGACCCACCAUCAGGUCAUAAUAUUUUCGUUAAGUUUCCUGUGGAUAUCGAGACUAUCGGAAAAACCCUUCUGGAUAGCGGGUGGUUACAAAUUCUAGAUGAGAAAUUUGACAAUACUAGAAGAAUUGAAACCAAAGCCGUGGCUAAAGAAGCUUCGCCGGAUGCACUGUUAUCUCCAAAUGUAAAACAACAUUUGGAAAUUGUUUUACGUUCCGUCUCGGAGUUCACACCUGAAGAGUUAGUACGAAUGUUUUUGACCGAUCCUAAUUUUCUGCCUCCUGCUAUUCAGUUUUUCCACAAGUCUGGAUUUGCUACUCAAGAGGGACUGUUGGCUCCGUUUGCGUCUUAUUGGACUGAUUAUAGUAAGCCUGAGGAUAAGCGUACGCCUCCUAAAGAUGAUGUGCGUAAGCUGGGCUAUUAUGAAAGGUUUUUCGUUUUAUUUAUCGUAAACUUGAGACAUUAUUUUCAGCAGCGUAUGUAUGGUUUACGCUUGCGUGAAACUUUCAUACCAGAAAUUGAGAAUAUUGAAGUUCAUGUGAAAAAGGUUAUUGACGUUUGUAAGUCAGUUUUAGAAGAUAAAUAUUUUUCUGGAUUUUUUCAAGUUUUGCUUAAUCUCGGAAACUAUAUUAAUGACCCUCUUGAUAAAGCUCGUGCAUUUUCUUUGCCAAUGGUGUAUAGACUGGAAACGUUGCGAGAUUGUACAUUUUCUAACACUCUUUUGCAUUACUUCGAAGAUAUCAUUCGUACCCAAUUCCCUGAAUACGAAAAAUCUGAAGCUACAUUCAAGAAAAUACAGUCCAUUUGUUCUUAUGGUAUCGAUGGGCUCGUCUCUGAGAUGGAUUCAGCUUAUGAACAAUAUUUGCACUUUAAAAAUGAAAUAGAGAAGGGUGCAUUGUCGAAGCGUGAAGAACAUCAUCCGGAGGAUAAAGUGGUUGAUGCUAUCUAUGAGUGGUAUGAUAAGGCUUCUGAAAAGAUAAAGAGCUUCAUGGCCUUGAAGCGUGAUUUUUUGAAGCUAACAGAGGAUACUGUUAAGUAUCUCUGCGAAUUCAAAAACGUGGAAGUUGUUCGAAAUACUUUUCUAAAAAACUUGACAUCGUUUUAUAUUAUUUACUGUAACGUCAGAAACGACAAUGCAAGAAAACGCGAGCGCGAAGCUCAAGCCAGACGAACUGAGGAAUCCAAAAAAUUGAUUAUGGAACGUAAGAAAACGUCAAUAGUCGCCCAGUAUAGGAAGGAAAUUCCGGAUGAGACAAGCAGAUCUCCUUCAAAUCAGGAUCUUAUAACGGAUAUUGGUUCGUCGAAGGUUGUGGAUACUUCAGAAACUUUAGCUGAUGAGACUUCUGAAGAUGGUAAUCAAGAACUGCAUGAUACGCUUUUGAGUGAAUUGGGCAAACAAAUCUCCGAUGGUGCAGAUAAAGUUAACAAUGAGGAUUCCGUUAACGGGCUUGGUGUAGUCACGAAGAAUGAAGAUGUUAUAGAAUUAACUUCUGAAACCGACGAUAUUGCUACAAGAGCAAAAUCAAUGCUUUUGAAAAUUAAAAAUACAGAGAAGCGAGGCAAUAGUGUGAAGAUUGAUCCCAUGGACAUGGAUGAGGAUUCUUUGCGGGCACAAUUAAAAGCAGCGAAUCAUCCUCAAAAAGUUUCCUUACCCCAUGAUAAAAAAAAGAAUUCAGUGGAAGCGUCUUUAGCCAAAAGCAUAUUAGCUAAUUUAACGAAUCCGUCUGCUAGGGAAUUUCAGUCAUGAGGAUCUUCUACGCAGUCAUAUUCAAAAGGGAUCUUAUUCUUCACCAUAGGUAAGAAUAACUGGUAGUGUGAGCACUUUUUGUGCAUAAAAUUGUUGCGCAGUUUCACGCGUUUUAUUCUGUGCGACGAACUAAAAUAAUUUUGGUUUGAAGUGAUUGUCAUAUUUUGCUUUAUUUUUGAACAAGAGGAUGGCUAAUAGGGAAAAAACAAAAGGGCUUGAAAUAGAAAUUUCUGAAGCUGGAGCGAAUGUGGACUCAUUGCAUUGCGUUUAGCCUGUAUAUGAGUGGUUAUCGUUUCAUUCGUUUAAAGAUUCUAUGCCCGCUGUUAAUCGAAAACAAAAUUGGAUGCGCUCAAAAUAUCGUUUAAUGUUCUCUUAAUAACAACGAUACUAAUGAUGGAACAAAAAUUAUUUAUUUGAACUAAGCCGUUGACAUGUUUCUGAAAUGCUGGACAUUGAAUACUCUAUAGAUGUUUAACGCUUUUUUGUAAUCAUAAUUUGAUAAUAUUGAAAGAUACAUUUAGCUUCAAUGGGUUACAAAUGAGAAAAUUUAAUAUUUGGUACAAUAAAAGGGCCAUAAUUUUUAAUAAAAAGUAAUGAA